UGUUAUUAGGUCAUAAUUGAAGGAGUUAUUUUGUAAUUAGCUCAAAGUUGCGAACCUGUUAGUAACGUCGGUGGAAUCUGUUGAAUAAAGGAGUUAGGGAUUGAGGGGGGAAAUCAAUUAGACGGUUAUCGAUUCUCUUUCUUCUCCCUCGUCUCUCCAUCUCUCUCUUGCAUCUCUUUUUCCUUGUAACUCUUCUUCUUCUCCAUUGUAAUUCCUGGACUUUUGUAAUCGAUUCUCCAUUAAUAAAACCCGGAAUUAGUCGAGUUUCCAUUACAUUUCUGUACAAAAGUUUAUCAUUUGGUAUCAAAGCCAGGUUUUUCCUCGGACACUCACCGCCAAUCUAUUUCACCAUGGCUGAAGGAACUCGUUUACAAGAUAUCAAACGCUUGGAGGAAUCAAUCCGACUUCUGAGAGAAAAUUCUGAAAAGCAUGUGGAAACGAUGGCCGGAAUCAAAGAUUUCAUCACAGCUUUGAGUUUGAAGUACGACCAACUUGCAGAAAAGGUAAACCCUAACCCAAGUAUACCUUCAACUGUUGUUCCCUCCACUAUUUCUCCUGCUUUGGUCAAUACGAAUACCUUGUGGCAAUCAAGAUUUACAAAAUUGGAGUUUCCAAAGUUUUUUGGAGAAGAUCCAGAGGGUUGGGUUUACAAAAGUGAGAAGUUUUUUGAAUUCAAUGGCAUUGAAGAAUCUCAGAAAGUCAAAUUAGCUUCUAUUCAUUUGGAAGAAAAGGCUUUGCACUGGUUUAGGUGGUUUGAGAAAUCUCACACCUUACGCACUUGGAAAGAUUUCACUUGGGCCAUCCAAAAUAGAUUUGGGGAUAACUUGUAUGAAGAUGCUAUGGGUCAACUCUCUAAACUGAGGCAAACAACCAGUGUGAAGACUUAUCAGGAGAAGUUUGAGGAACUAGCAAACAAAACUACUGGCCUACCUGAAACUUUUUUCAUUAGUUGCUUCAUUAGUGGUCUUAAAGAUGAAAUCAAGGGUGGGGUGCAAAUGUUUCAACCCAGGACGAUAUCCCAAGCCAUGAGCUUAGCCAAAUUGCAAGAAGAAACCAUGGAAGCCAUGAAUAAGAAACCCAAGUUUAUACCCCGAAACAUCACAACUAGCGCUGCACCUGUUGUGACCCCUAGACCCCUAGAAUCUGCUUUACCAAUUCGAAGGUUCACUCAAAAAGAAAUUGAGGAGAAAAAGCAAAAGGGGCUUUGUUUUGGCUGUGAUGAAAAAUAUUUUAGAGGUCAUAUAUGCAAAAAGAAACAACUAUUUCUAUUAGAAGCAGAAGAUGAAGAAGGGGCGUGGGAAGCAAGUGGUGCCGAGGGUCCGUCACUCGUAGAACCAGUAGAUGCUCAAGAAGAACCCAUCAUUUCUGUUCAUGCAUUGUCCGGGACUCUAGCUUAUCGGACUAUGAGAUUGAAAGGGGAAGUAAAGAGGCAUCCCAUUACUAUUUUGAUAGACUCUGGGAGUACUCACAAUUUUUUGGACCCAGCUGUGGCUAAGAGAACUGGGUUGAAUGUACAAUUGACAUCUCCAUUAACUGUUGUAGUGGCCGAUGGAACCAAGCUUCAGAGCAAGGCAGCAAUCAAGGGUUUUCAGUGGAGUAUGCAGGGCACUCAGUUUUUUGCUAAUGUGAGAUUGUUACCACUCGGAGGUUGUGAUAUGGUAUUGGGAGUACAAUGGUUAUCUACUCUAGGGCCUGUUUUAUGGGAUUUCCAGAAUCUACAAAUGGAAUUCACAGUGGGCGGGGAAAAAUAUGUGUUGCGAGGAGGUAAUUCCGUGGAAGUGCAGCAAGUUUCAUCUCACUCCAUGCAACAUGUCCUAAAGAAGAAUGUCCAUGGUAUGCUGGCCCAGUUGUGUAGUUUACAGCCAACUUUGUCUUCUGAGGUACCUUCUGAUAUUACUCAAAUCUUGCAAGAAUUUUCUAAUGUUUUUAGUCUACCCAAGGAACUCCCUCCACAGAGGUCCCAUGACCACAAAAUUCCCCUAAAACCUGGUAACCAACCACCAAACAUAAGACCAUACAGAUACCCCCACAUACAGAAAAACGAAAUUGAAAAAUUGGUUCAAGAGAUGCUGGAAACAGGUGUCAUUAAACAUAGUGUGAGUCCGUUCUCUUCCCCAGUUUUGUUGGUCAAAAAGAAGGACCACACUUGGCGUAUGUGCAUCGAUUACAGGGCUCUCAAUAAAGAUACUAUUAAAGACAAAUUUCCCAUUCCGAUAAUUGAUGAGUUACUUGAUGAACUCCAUGGAGCGCAAUUUUAUUCCAAACUCGACUUGAGAUCUGGAUACCAUCAGAUUAGAAUGCACCCAUCCGAUGUGGAGAAAACAGCUUUUAGGACACACGAAGGACAUUAUGAAUUUCUCGUCAUGCCAUUCGGUUUGACCAAUGCUCCAUCAACUUUUCAGAGUUUAAUGAAUGAGGUAUUCCGGCCUUUUUUGAGGAAAUUUGUGUUGGUGUUUUUUGAUGAUAUUCUGGUUUAUAGUAAAACUUGGUCAGACCAUUUGCUUCACUUGAACAAAACCUUGUCCAAACUCAGAGACCAUCAGUUGUUUGCUAAAAUGUCCAAGUGUGCUUUUGGCCAAACUCAAGUGGAAUAUUUAGGCCAUGUUAUUAGUGGACAAGGAGUAGCUGCAGAUCCCUCUAAAAUUGAGAGUAUGACUUCUUGGCCUCGACCACUAACACUUAAAGCCUUGAGGGGAUUCUUGGGCCUCACCGGUUACUACAGAAGAUUCAUCAAAGAUUAUGGUAAGGUCAGUAAACCUCUCACAGAUUUGCUGAAACGUGAUGCCUUUAAAUGGUCUGCAUCUGCUGACGUAGCUUUCCAACAGUUGAAACUACUCAUGUCCUCUACACCAGUCUUAGCCUUGCCUAACUACAACAAACCCUUUAUUUUGGAGUGUGAUGCUUCUGGAAAAGGAGUGGGAGCAGUUUUAAUGCAGGAAGGCCAAGCGAUAGCCUUCUUUAGUAAGGCUUUGUCUCCUAAAAACUUGGGUCUUUCUACCUACGAAAAAGAAUUGCUGGCAGUGGUUAUGGCAGUCACUAAAUGGAGGCAUUAUUUGCUCGGACGACAUUUUUUGAUACGAACUGAUCAUCAAAGUUUGAAAUUUUUAUUGGAGCAAAGGGUAACCACCAUUUUACAACAGAAAUGGUUAUCCAAACUUUUAGGCUUCGACUAUGAGAUAGUGUAUAAAUGUGGGAAGGAAAAUAGGGCUGCUGAUGCUCUUUCUAGAAGGAUGGAAGAGGAGCUAGUGUUCGUUGACGAUUCUGCAAAUGUUUGUGCUUUGUCAGUGGUGGUGUGUGGAUGGGUGAGCGAAUUACAGACCAGUUGGCAACAAGAUCCAGAGAUCCAGAAAUUAAUCGCUGCUUUGAUUCAAGACCCCCAGUCUCACCCUCAAUACACUUGGCAACACAACAUGUUGUACUAUAAGACUCGGUUAGUGGUUGGUAAAUUGCAAUCUUUCAGACAAAAACUGAUCCUUGAACACCAUGGAACACCUACUGGGGGCCACUCUGGAGGCGAGAGAACUUAUAGAAGGUUGAAGCAAGGGUUCUAUUGGAAGGGUAUGCAGAAAGAUGUCCUAACCUAUGUCUCUGAAUGUGAUGUUUGCCAACAAAACAAAUAUGAAACAGUAGCCUCUCCUGGCUUAUUGCAGCCCCUACCAGUUCCACACCGACUAUGGAGUGACAUCUCUAUGGAUUUCAUUGAAGGGCUACCAAGUGCCUCAAACAAAUCCGUGGUGUUGGUAGUGGUUGAUAGACUCAGUAAAUAUGCCCAUUUUAUCCCACUCCAACAUCCUUACACUGCCUCUUCGGUAGCUCAAGCUUUUCUGGAUAAUGUGUUCAAGUUGCAUGGCCUGCCCACUUCAAUUGUAUCAGAUAGGGACUCAGUUUUCACUAGUAAAUUUUGGAAGGCAUUGUUCCAGCUUCAGGGCACCCAACUAAGUUUGAGCUCUGCUUAUCACCCUCAAUCUGAUGGGCAAACAGAGGUUGUUAAUAGGUGUAUAGAGGGUUACUUGAGAUGCAUCUCUGGUGACCGACCUAAGUCUUGGGCACAAUGGUUGCCUAUGGCUGAGUGGUGGUAUAACACUACUUUUCACAUUUCUACUGGAGUUACUCCCUAUGAAGCUUUAUAUGGUCAAAGCCCACCAAGUCAUAAGUAUUAUACUCCUGGUGGCACAUCGGUGGCUGCUGCCGAUGCUUUACUUCAAGAUAGAGAUGCCGCUUUGCGGCUACUCAAGGAGCAUUUAGCUCAUUCCCAAAACAGAAUGAAGCAACAAGCAGAUCUUCAUAGGACUGAAAGGGAGUUUACUGUUGGUGACUGGGUAUAUCUACGUCUGCAGCCUUAUAAACAGGCCUCUGUGGCUUUGCGUAAGAACAUCAAGUUAGCCCCAAAAUUUUUUGGUCCUUUCCAGGUCAUUCAAAGGAUUGGGCCUGUUGCUUACAAGCUGAAUUUACCUCCUCAGUCAAAAAUCCACCCAGUUUUUCAUGUUUCUUUGCUCAAGAAAAAGCUAGGCACGAGGGUGGUGGCUCAUCCUACAUUACCCCCUACGGAUGCUGCAGGUCAGUUGAUUGUGGAACCUGUGGCUAUUUUGGAUAGACAGCUGAUCCGGCGUCAUAAUAGGCCUCAUGCUUUGGUGCUGGUUCAAUGGGCUAAUACAGUUCCGGAAGAUGCUUCAUGGGAGUCUUGGCUGGACUUGCAGGCUCGUUUUCCUCAUUUCAGACCUUGAGGACAAGGUCCUUUUAAGGAUGGGGGAAUGAUAGGUGAGGUGGUGGCCGUGUUAUUAGGUCAUAAUUGAAGGAGUUAUUUUGUAAUUAGCUCAAAGUUGCGAACCUGUUAGUAACGUCGGUGGAAUCUGUUGAAUAAAGGAGUUAGGGAUUGAGGGGGGAAAUCAGUUAGACGGUUAUCGAUUCUCUUUCUUCUCCCUCGUCUCUCCAUCUCUCUCUUGCAUCUCUUUUUCCUUGUAACUCUUCUUCUUCUCCAUUGUAAUUCCUGGACUUUUGUAAUCGAUUCUCCAUUAAUAAAACCCGGAAUUAGUCGAGUUUCCAUU